AUGGGGCCCGAGGUGCAGGUCAAACCAAUACGAUAUGUACCAAUGAAUACCAAUAAUAGGUAUAUACACGCUCUGUAUCACCAGGGCUGCUCAAAGGGAGAAACACAAGCGGAUACAAGGAAACACAAAAAGAGAAACAAGGAAACAAGCAGAAACAAAGAAACACAAGCAGAUACCAAGAAACACAAGCGGAUACAAAAAAACACAAGCAGAUACAGAGAAACACAAGCAGAAACAGGAAACACAAGCAGAAACAGAGAAACACAAGCAGAUACAGAGAAACACAAACAGAUUCAGAGAAACACAAGCAGAUACAAGGAAACACAAGCAGAAACAGGAUACAAACGAAGAAACAGAAAAACACGAGCAGAUACAGAGAAACACAAACAGAUUCAGAAAAACACAAGGAGAUACAGAGAAACACAAGCAAAUACAAAGAAACACAAACAGAUACAGAGAAACACAAGCGGAUACAAGAAAACAAAAACAGAUACAGAGAAACACAAGCAGAAACAGGAAACACAAGCAAAUACUAGGAAACACAAGCAGAAACAAAGAAGCACAAGCGGCUACAAAGAAACACAAACAGAUAUAGAGAAACACAAGCAGAUACAGAGAAACACAAGCAGAAACAGGAAACACAAGCAGAUACACGAAACACAAACAGAAACAAAGAGACACAAGCGGAUACAUAGAAUCACAAGCGGAUACAAAGAAACACAAGCAGACACAGAGAAACACAAGCAGAUACAAAGAAACACAAGCAGAUACUAG